AAUGAAUAAAUGUAAAUGUAAACAUUUUCAUUGUCAAACACAAGCCAUUCCCGACCUGUCAGCCACAAUGGCAUUACAUUCUCUUUUCUUCGUUUCUCUAGUGCUAUCAAUAUCCUCAUCCCCUGCCUCGUUCCUCUUCUCGCCCCCAUAACUUUGUCCUAACCACCGCUGCAUUAAGUUAACUUUUUACUUUACUACUCUAGCUAGCUCUUAUUACCUCCUAUGAUCCGCUAUGCUUCGUUUGACUUCUUCCUUGUGUUUGCUGGUGGAAACUCCGUUCGUUUCCACGGUUUCUCGCGCCGGUUUCACUUCAACUGCGCGCAGCCAAUGGGCUAUAAAACGUUAUCACGUAGCAUUACGGCACAGUGUUCAUGGGAAACUCAGGAAAUACUGCCAGGGGGAUAAAUGACCGAGAACCAUGCCGAGAACAGCCUUAUGUAUCAUUCAUGUAAUGCCUCAUGUAUCACCGGCGAAACUGGCUAGUGAGUUUUUAUUAACACCCGCCAAAAUGGAUUUUAACCCGCAUUUGGCGGUUUGGCGGGUGUUAAUUUAGAACCCUGGUUACAGUGGGGUCACAUACUGACAACUUACCCAAUGUGCUGGUACAUUACAUAUUUCGUUUUUUCUUUUCUUUACAGUAGAAUUUAAAGUUUUGAAUGUAGGUCUAGUGUAAGUUUUAGCGAGCGAGCAAGGAGGGUAUCUCCAACGAAGUUCCCAUUUAUCGACGUCUAUCAAAUUGGAAAAACCGGAUCUAAAACCAGUGGCCUAACCAUGCCUCGGGGAAGGUCUGCAACUAGUGUUCACUCGGACAGCAGUGAGCUGGAUCUUGACGUGAUAGCGGAGACAGAGAUGGGAAAACUUCACAGGCAGUUUCGCAUCAUGGAGGGAGACAGGCAGGCCUACAACAUUCAGUCUCAGGAACACAUCCGCAGACAACGCUAUGAGAUAGAGAAGCUGGAGAAGGAGCAAGAAGAGAUGAGGCUGGACCUGGCUGUGUGUGAGAGUGGAUCCAAGCGGCAGCAGGACACUGAGAGUGCUCUGAACCUGCACUCAAUGCUGGACCAGAAGGACCAGGUGGACGACAAGCUUGAGAGAGAGAAGCAGUUCCAGGCUGAUCUGGCGAAGCAGCUGUGUGUGGGUUUACAGAUAGCUUGCUUAGAGAGGAAGCUGACAGAGCUCAGAAGUGGGAAGGUCACCCAGAAGUCCCAGCCUCGGCAAACUCCGAAGGCCACGCGCACCCUGGAAUACAGACUGGACAGAGCGCUCGUCCGCUUCAACGAGCAGCUGACCAAGAACAGCCACCUGAGGGAAAACCUGGAGACCCUGCGGCUGGAGCGAGGCCGCUUCCUGCAGCUGCAGCGCAGGCUGAGCAAGGAGCUGCAGGAGAUUCGAAAGGAGAUCGGAGACAUGAUCAGCCUCUCCACUGCUGCCUACGAUGCCAGAGUGGAGGCCCAGUCCAAGAUGACGGUGAUGAAGGAGAAGGCUGUGAAGGACCUGGCUCAGUACAGCGCAGAGAUGAAGGAGCUGGAGAGGGUGAUCGCUCACGAGCGCAGACUCAAACAAUUCAUGACCACCAAGUGCAGUGAGAGAAGCGGGCAGGACCAGGGGCAGGACCAGGGGCGCAGGCACGAGUUCAAAGAGCAGAAGAGGAUGGACUCCAGAGAGGAGUCGAUAGAGUCGCUGGAGGAGGUCUUCCACACGAUCCAGAGUGUGACUGGAGAGGAGAACCUGGACAUGCUGGUCUCCCGCUUCAUCCAGGUCGAAGAUAAGAACUUUGCCCUGUUCAACUACGUAAACGAGCAGAACAACGAAGUAGAAGCAUUGAAAGACCAGAUCAAACAGAUCCACGGUGAGAUGGAGCAGUAUGGAGUGGAGGAACUGAAGCAGGACAGGGAGCAUCAAUCUCUGUUGAGGGAGACAGACGAGCACCAGAAAUCCUCUGAGUCUGAGGCACUUGGGUAUGAAGCUCAGACCAGCACUGUGAGCAAGACCCUGGACCACAUAAAGACAGGAGUGAACAGCUUGUUCCAGGAGAUGGAUUGUGACCGCUCGGUCAUUGAGGAGAUGCUGGGUUCCUCGGCUGGGAUCAGGGAGAACAACAUCAUGAGCUACCUGAGCCUGGUGGAGCAGAGGACCAAUGAGAUGCUCACCAUCCAGGCCUUCCUCAGCUCCAGGGACCUGGAGAGAGAUUAUGACCCUAAAGAUUUGGCUCGGUUCCUCCUGGGUCAGAAUCCAGAGAUUCCCAGACAAAACGUAGUCAUUCAGCCCCUACUCACCGGGGUCGAUUAUGACACAGAGGAGUCUCUUCUGACGGAUGAGGAGGAGAGACCUCUCUCUAAGAGGGAAAUACGCCAGAGGAUCUUAACAGGGGUUCUGCGUAAGGAGGACUCAGUCCGUCCGGCUGGAGGGAGAGAUACCAAAGGCCACAGGAACCGCUCCCUGGUGCCCUGAGUCUGCAUGCAACCCUGGCUGUACGGGGACCGGAGCCUGGCAGGGCAGGUGGGCAGCACAGGUCAUGUGCACUAUCAGCCCUCCUCCAUCUAUCGAUAGGCCCUGUAGAUGUGGACUCGAUUUAGAUCGAAACACAACACUUUUUGUAGAACAUUAAGGCCUCAGCGAUAGGAACCAUGUGUCACAAAAAGCUAAGAUGUAGAAAUAUUUAGGUAUGAUUUCACUUUUUAGGUGUAUUCUUCCAUUAAAAUUAAUUAUAUGAAGCCUCAUCACGGUCUGUUACAAUACUGGGAUUUGUUACUGUAAGCUUGAACUCAUUAGGUGAGGAGACACGAAGGGAUCUAAUAAAGUCUGUUAGCUUA